AUGUCAAAGCAUGUCAUCGACGUCGAUGGCGCCUGCCGCGGCAAUGGCCAAGAUGGUGCUCGUGCGGCUAUUGGCGUCUCUUCCAAGUACGGUGACAUCUCAGAGCGUCUUCCUCCGACUGAGAGGCAGACUAGCAAUAGGGCUGAGCAUGCGGCAAUCAAUCGAGGUCUCAAGCUUGCCCCUCUCGACGACAAACCCGUUGUCAUCCGCACCGACUCGGACCAUCGCGAGAAGACAUUUGGCCCUAAGCAGCGAGGUAGGCAGUGGCUUGAACGGGGUGGCCGCACCAAGGCAGGAACCGAGCCUGCCAAUUGGGAUCUGAUUCAGGAUACGAUGAGGGAGAUUGAGCGUCGUAGGGAGUAUGGCCAGGAGGUGCUCUUUGAGCCUGUGAGGGGCCAUAGCGGGGAUGCGGGCAAUGAAAAGGCGCACGAUCUCGCUCAACGUGGCUUCGAUCAAGAGGAUCAAUACUUCAGCACCAGCAACGCAUCUGAUGGAUGUAGCGGCGAACACCAUCGGGAGAGCAUCUAUCAGCACGAGAGGGACAGUCCUCGCAGCGUCAGCCCGAGCUCGAGUCUCGAGGAGAGCCAUCGCACCUCCUUUACUUACAGCGGCUACUCUCAGCACAUCCCCUACGAGGAGCACGAGAGGGGCACAAGCGGCUACAUUCAGGCCGCCACCCACAGGGAGACCCCCCGAGCGCACACCGGCUACUACGAGGCUCGUCACAAUGAUCAAGUUGUGGCCUUGAGCGGGUUUGCUCAGAUCGACAUUCGCGACAACGGCCAUGUUGGGCGCAGCGGCUACGCUGAGGCAGUCGUCGACGAUGGGAGCGACCGUGGCGCUGACUAUGCUGACAACGAUAGCGGUAGUGAGGACUCCGAAGGCCUCACCAUCGAUGGGUACGACAUCUCCGACUACGUGGUCGAUGAGGGAGAUGUUGCUGACAGGUCCGACUCUGAUAUUGCAGGCUCUGAUGAUGGUUACGACGACGGAGGGGAUGAUGAUGGGGCAGGGUACAGUGAUGGAGGCUCCAGCGACGGAGGAGGCUCCAGCGACGGAGGAGGAUCCAGCGACGGAGAAAGCUACAGCGAGGACGACUACUACUGA